AUUGGCUCUUAUGGCUUCACGUGUGAGAAACAGGGCGCAAAAAAAUCCCGGGAUUUUGGGGCCUACUGAUUGUCAUAUGCAGCUCUUGAACUUGAGACAGAAGAACAUCAGUCAUUGAGAGAGGGACAGGCAGCAGAAUGCCACCUGUGUCUGAAGUGGACACAGGUCCUGUUGAAGAAAGCUCUGGGGGUCUUACACGGUCAGAUUGCUUGUGCCCCGUGUGUCUGGACAUAUUCCUGGAGCCGGUCAGUUUGCCAUGCACACACACGUUUUGCAAAACCUGCUUCUUGGAGACCGUUGACAAGUCCAACAUGUGCUGUCCGCUUUGCCGGAAACGAGUGUCCACUUGGGCAAGACUCAACAGCCGGAACAAAACGUUGGUGAAUAUGGAGUUGUGGAGACGAAUUCAGGAUGCUUUUCCCACCCAGUGCGAGCGGAGAUUACAGGGGAUAGAAGAUGAAGAUGAUGCUGGCAUGAUGAUUCCAAGACCUCGCGUGAGUCAGCCAGGAGAGCUGAGGAGAGAGUAUGAGGAUCAGAUCAGUAAGCUGGUGGAGGAGAAGAGAGCUCUGGAGGAAGCAGAGAGGAGAGCCAGUGCGGAGUACAUCCAGCGCCUCCUAGCUGAGGAGGAGGAGCGCCUGAUGGAAGAGAGGAAAAGACAGGAAGAGCAACAGCUAGAGGGUGAUGAGAGACUUGCCAGACUGCUCAGCCAAGAGCUGAAUUCAGGACCAAUCUCUGAAUCACCUUCGCACAUCAAACCUAUUGAUGCAACCCCAGCUAAGAAAAAGAAACCACAUGCAGGGGAUAUUGAAAAAUUUCUGUGCCCAGUGGCUUAUAAACAGCCCAGCUGUUCUGAGAGCAGCCCAGACUCCUCUCUGAUGGCUAAUAAGGAAAACAUUCUGAACCCCCCAAAAACCCUCAUGUCACAAUCUGUAGAAGACAGAGUUGAACUAACCUUGCCAGCCCUGGACUACUACGGAAAACCAUCAACCUCCAACUCUAAUCCCAGCUGCUCAGUACAGAUGUUCACGUUUAACAGUCCUAACAACAUCUCAUCUAAACGGAAGAGCUCUGAGAUAGAGCUUGAAAGUGAAACAGAUCUACUCAAGAGGCCAUGUGCUGCUCCACAGUGUGAAUUGGAUUUACCCGACAGCCCUUUUCUAUCUGAGAUGGCGUGGUAUGAGGAAACCUUGCGGAGUCGUUUGCAGCAAGAGGAGGAGGACCGACGGAUGGCGAUGCAACUUCAGAAAGAGUUGAACCGCGAUUACAGUGUGGACCGCAGGAAGGGUUCGGCAGACAGCUAUCAACUCCGGAAAAAAAACACUCCGGUUUCCACAAGUGCAAAGCCAGAAGAGGAAAACAAGACAGGGAAUGGUAGUACAACACGGUCCACUGCAAGGAACAGCACGGGAUGGAAGGAGGAGAGGGAGAAAACUGGAAAGAGACUGUCUGAAAAGAGCGCCCAGCUAGUGGAAAAGACGCCUGGGAAAAGUCCCAUGUCUUCAACAACAACGGUCCCAGCCACUCCCCUAAAGAAAGGGAUUAAGCAGACCACCCUGACCGAGAUGUUCCCCAACUUGGGCAAUUGAAGUAAUGCUCUGCUGCCUUGAACUGUUUUUUAAGCCCCCCAUGGAGUAGAAAUUACAACAUAUGUUGUAAGAGGCAGCGCUGCUACUAAAGGACAUUGUUUAGUUGUUCUGUUAUCUUCAUCAGUUUCAGCCCAAAUGUUGCUAAGACCCCUUCAGUGCCUUUCUGAAUUGUAUAUUUAGGAUGGUCAUACUGUAGUAAUUACAACACAGAGCGUUUAAAUAGUCAUGACUAGUUUAGAGUUUUCAAUGAUGUGAAUGCUGCAAAAGAAGAUUAUUAUUAUUAUUUAUUUUUUUUUUGGUAAGCAUUUGCAGGCAUUUUUCACUUGUUUGAAUUAAAGGAAACAUCAGUUUAAGGAAAAUUUG